UUCAGAAGAAGUUCAGGGAAGCAGCAGUACCUGCCAAAAAUUCCAAAUGACCUUAUUUUGGACACGUUUAAGUAGGUUAAACACAGGUUUGUCAAAUGCAAAAUAAAAUAGUUUAAAUAUGGAUGCAAAUGUACUGUAUGCCAAUUCAUCAAAAUUAGUUACAGAACCACAUUUAAUGUAGAGGACUCGGGGUUCGCUGAUGUACGUAUUACAAGAGUAUUUUAAUAUGUUAAUGUUAUUUAUAUGGAUAUAAUUUGCAUUUGAGUCCAGAUAAUAUUAACACGGUGCUUUCUGUCUUUAUUGCUGAAUCCAUUCCUCUGAGAAGGAGAAACUAGAUAUUGCCAGAUUUAAUGCAGAAACGUAAGUGGAACCUUUCCGGCCCAAAGCAUUAAGUCACCACAAACAAGCCUCGCCCCUAUGCUCCCCCACAUGCAGGCUCAUAUAAGGUCCUGCAUCCACGAACGUGCAGCACAUCCCACCCACCACAUUGAAUAUCUGGGAAGACUUGAUUCAUAUCUCGAGAUUGCUGGAUUUUUUUUCAGCUGUGGAAGCGUCAAUUCCAACGAGAGCACAAUGACGGGAGGCAGAAGCAGGCAGAGAUCUCACUCUUAUUACAACCCCGAGGACUGCAAGACCUAUGGAAUACAGACACAGACUAAAGAGACCUAUCAAAGACCUCGUUCAAGGUCUUUUUACAGUUAUGAAACAUCAGAACAUGAGUCUGACAAUGAUUUGGGGCAUCUAUCCAUGUCCAUUCCACUGAUACAAAAAUUGACCACUCCACCCCAGCAUCCUGUGAACAAAAAUGAAAAGUCCAAAUCCAAAGUGAACAAGCACUCACUGUCAAGAGACCAAAACGGCAGCAGAGGCAAUCUUAAGUGUGUGUCCAUGAUCACCAUCUCUGAAUCGGACAACUGGGAGAUCUGCUCCAGCUCUGGCAUGAAAUACGGCCAGUUUGUGGACUGGGAGAAGAUCGAUCCGGAAGCUUCAGAACGGUACCAGAAGAUACUGGAAAGCGAGCACCAGCGGCUGAAAGCCAUGGGAAGAGAAGGAUUCUGGGCUACGCCUCAUACACUGAGGGCAAAGGCUUACUAUCACAUCAUCCACGGCAUCCAUUCCAGGUGCGUCAGUCCAGAAAGAGACGUGUAUUACGAACUCAGCAGGAAGCUCUUUGGAGAACAAAAGCUCAGCACGCACCCCGUUCCAGAGUACAUGGAAGCAGGAGAAAUACCAAGGCACUGCCUCAAUAAGGCGGGUGUAAAUUCCGUGAAGAAGAUUCUUCUCUGUCUGGGGAAGUACUUCCCAGAAAUGAACUUUUGCCCCAUCCUCCCAGCUUUGGUGUCGCUCAUUUUACACUUCAGCCAGGACGAAGCAGAAUGUUUCUACAGCGUUUCCAGACUGAUUUGCUACAACGACCCAAAUAAGCGUUACAUUGACCAGACCUUCCUCACAUACCGAGCCUCGUGCAUGACCUUCGGAGACCUUGCAAACAGGUGUUGCCGGGGCAUCCGGAAAUUGAUAGCCAGCUCACACCAGAACCUUUUUGAGUUUUACUCCGACUGGAUCAUGUGGAUCUUUGCUGAUCUUCCAUUCACGUAUGCCAUUAGAGUGCUGGAUGUCUAUCUCCUCGAGGGCUACAAGGUUCUAUACAGGGUGGCAUUGGCUUUGCUGAGCCUCUACAAAGUGUCCGUGUCAUCCAGAGUUGCAGAUGUGGAAGAUUUCCGUACAGACAUGAAAAGGUUUGUGCAGAAUGUGGCUCGCCACUGCACGGCUGAGAAUCUUUUGGAAAGAGCCUUCCUGGUUCCGAUUGCCACGAGGAGAGAACUCAACCUUCUCUUCAAAGCUAACAAGGUCUCCCUCAUGCAAAAAGGGGUCAGCAUCCACCAGAAGAGGCAGUCGGUGGAUACAGUGGACUUUAACAAUCUUAGCUCCAGUGUUGUGACAGGAACAGAGAUGAGAGUGGUCUGGGCCUGGAUACCGGAACGCUUUGCCCUUUUCAGUCCCAUUAAGCUGUUCAGUACAACAGAACAUGGAGAAAGUCUCGCCUCAUUCUAUUAUCACGUGGAGGGCCACGAACCUGCAGUGUUGAUCAUCAAAACAGUGGAUGAAGAGGUUUUUGGUGCCUUUAUUUCAUCAGAUAUGGCAGAGAGGCACAAGUACGACACAGAUAAAGCCACAUUUUUUGGAACAUGUGAAUGUUUUGUUUUCACGCUUCGUCCCAGCAUGGAGCGCUACCAACGAGCCAUGGUCAACAUCAUGACCAGGAAAGUCUCCCCUCAGCAGGCCCAGUUCAGCUUCCAGACUGCCUCCAACACAACUCUGACGUGCCCGGCUGGAACGCCACAAGAUCCCAGCUACUUGACCAUCCCCUUCACUGCCCCCUCACAGGAACAGUUUAAUGCCAAGGAGCCGAAGAGAUCCAAGGAACAAGACGCUUCCAAAUUCAUUGCCGGCAGUGAUGAACGUUUCAUUAUUGGUGGGAACGGAGGCCACGCGCUCUGCUUUCAACAAAACCUCGAGGCAGGCUACACGGAGCCCUGUGACACAUUCAAGAGCCCGCUGCUUUGCAAAAGACAUUUCAAGAUCCAGUCAAUGGAAGUGUGGGGAAUCCAGAACUCGAUUUGCUUUUCUCAGCCUUUUCCCUCCCAGCAAAAUAUAUAGUUCUAUAGUGUCAUCCACAUUGCCUUUGGUUUUAUAGUUUUUUAAAUAUACAUUUUAGAAUACUUAAAGUGAUUUUACUGCAAAACAUUUACAACAUUUUACAAACAUUGGAAUCCACAGUUUCGAAUGUGGCUGUGAGUGUGGUCUCCAGUUGCCCAUCCAUGACUAGGUCAAACGUACUGGGAUUGAAUUAAAAUUUUCCACUGUUUACAGAGCCAUUUAUUUGUUGUUUUCCAUGAGGAAUUUUAAAUAGGGGCGGCCCGGUAGUCCAGUGGUUAGCACGUCGGCUUCACAGUGCAGAGGUACCGGGUUCGAUUCCAGCUCCGGCCUACCUGUGUGGAGUUUGCAUGUUCUCCCCGGGCCUGCGUAGGUUUUCUCCGGGUGCUCCGGUUUCCUCCCACAUUCCAAAAAUAUGCAUGGCAGGCUGAUUGAACACUCUAAAUUGUCCCUAGGUGUGAGUGUGAGUGCGAAUGGUUGUUCGUCUCUGUGUGCCCUGCGAUUGGCUGGCAACCGAUUCAGGGUGUCCCCCGCCUACUGCCCCGAGACAGCUGGGAUAGGCUCCAGCACCCCCCGCGACCCUAGUGAGGAUCAAGCGGUUAGGAAGAUGAAUGAGUGAAUGAAUUUUAAAUAGAAUAGAAAAAUGUGAUUAACAGUGAAAAAUAUCUUAUUACAGUAUUACUGUAUUAUUAUUUAUUAUUCUUCCAUAUAUUUUCUAAUCUUAUCCUCACAGGGGUCGCAGGUGUGCUGGAGCACAUCCCAGCUGUCUGGGCAUUAGGCAGGGUACACCCUGAACUGGUUGCCAGCCAAUCGCAGGGCACACAUAGACGAACAACCAUCCGCACUCAUAAUCACAAUCAAUUUGGAAUGUUCCAUUAACCUUCCAUCCAUGUUUUUGGAAUGUGGGAGGACCUGGAGAAAAACCAUCCAGGCACAAGGAGAACAUACAAACUCCAUACACGAAGGCCCAAGCCGAAAUCGAACCCUGCACCUCUGCACAUUAUUAUUUUUAUUAUUAAUAUUAUUAUUAUUAGUAGUAGUAGUAGUAGUAGGAGUAGUAUUUAGAAAACAAUUAGUCACUGCUUGGGCCCUAAAUAUGCGUAUGAAUGGAAAAAUAUAUGAUAUCUAUUGCUUUAAUUUUUUGUUUUCAAUAAAGUUUCUUUUGGGAAAAAAAA